CGGUAUGAACGAUGAACGAUUAGCUCCUUCGUUGCGAGUCGUUCGUUCACGGCACAAGAUUAUGUGCCGGCACAUUCGUGCGAGUCGUUCAUGAGCGACCCAGCUCUAGACUGUUCGUGGUGUGUUCGUGUUCUUUGGCCUGAAGGCUGUUGUCAAAAUUUUCGAAACCGGAUUUUAUUUUACCUAUCAUAUUUUAGUGGUCAAAUUUGUAAUAAUUAUUGUGAAAUAUAGAGUGUCUAAUACUUAUUUACAUAUUUCAUAUAGGUGGAAAUGUCCGCAGCUCAGGUAUUUAAUCGGAUUGGACAAUUUGGUCUAGGUGUAGCUCUUGUCGGUGGUGUAAUUAAUUCUGCUUUGUAUAAUGUGGAUGGUGGACAUAGAGCAGUUAUAUUUGACCGAUUUGCUGGAAUUAAAAAGCAAGUUAUUGGUGAAGGAACCCACUUCUUUAUUCCAUGGGUCCAGAAACCUGUAAUAUUUGAUGUAAGGUCAAGACCUAGAAAUAUACCUGUAGUAACUGGAAGUAAAGAUCUUCAGAAUGUAAAUAUUACACUGCGUAUUUUAUUCAGACCUGUACCAGAUCAACUACCAAAGAUUUACACAAUUUUGGGUCAAGACUAUGAGGAACGUGUUUUGCCCUCUAUUACAACGGAAGUUUUGAAAGCUGUAGUUGCUCAAUUUGAUGCUGGAGAAUUGAUCACACAGCGAGAUUUAGUUUCCCAAAAAGUGAGUGAUGAUUUGACGGAAAGAGCUGCACAGUUUGGAGUUAUUUUAGAUGACAUUUCUAUUACACAUUUAACAUUUGGAAGAGAGUUCACUCAAGCUGUAGAAUUGAAACAAGUUGCACAACAGGAAGCCGAAAAGGCUAGGUUCUUAGUAGAAAAGGCUGAACAAACCAAGAAAGCUACAGUUAUAUCUGCCGAAGGAGAUGCACAAGCUGCCAUUUUAUUAGCAAAAGCUUUUGGUGAUGCUGGCGAAGGGUUGGUAGAGCUUAGAAGAAUUGAGGCUGCUGAAGACAUUGCUUAUCAACUGUCCAGGUCAAGACAAGUUUCCUAUCUGCCAGGAGGACAAAAUCUAUUAUUAAAUGUUCCAACUCCCGGCAAUUAAAAAGUAAAGCACGUACUGUAGCAUUUAUUUACUUAUACAUAAGAAGUAUGCCAGGUGUUUUUAUGUGAGUGCAAAUUUAUAUACUUCUGAAAUUUCAUUAUGGGCAAUGUUUUAUGGAUAUUGUACAUAUAAUGAACAGUUAUUUUUUAUAAUAUUAGUGCAGAUUGUACUGUUCUCUGUCAUUAAUAAAUUGUUGUAAAUUUA